CGCUGUGGCACAGAAAGAUAUGGUCGAUAAUCGCAAAGUUUACGGAUACAAGGUUACGGAGUAUAUGGAGGCAGUUUUCAAAAAGACCCGUUUACAUCGGGUGACUCCAGUUGGCUCUAUGGAACGUCGGUACGAGGUGAUGUGUAGGGACAAAGGCCGAAUGGGGGGCCGGCGUGAGAAGCAUGUGUAGGAGUGUGUUCUCCAUCCUGAUGCUUGUAUUUGCUCAUGUCAUAAGCCAAAGCUGCUGCACAUGUCGUGCACACAUGUCAUUGCUGCCUGUUUUGAAGCUGGUGGACUACAUCCUCGUAUGUAUGUCUCAAAUUACUUCAUGAAGGAAACUAUUUGGAUGACUUGGAGGCACGAGAUUUAUGGGUUCCACAUCCUGGGAGACUUCAUAACUGAUACUGAACACAAUGCAACUUACAUUCCGGAUCUAGAUCCAGAAAUGUUUCAAGGGGUGGGCCGACGCAAGAAGAAACGCAUUAGAAAUAACAUGGAUCGAUCGGAGGCUGGUCGAGACGUCCGCCUCUGCUCGAAGUGCCAUGAGACGGGUCAUACAUACAAGGAUUGUACGGCAUUGAGUUAUGGUGGCCGCACAGAUGGAACGGGCCCAUCAGAAGCAGCUCCAAAUCCGGCAACGCAGGCAACGGGUCGUCGUGGCCGCCGUCCGAACAAUGAAGGCCUUAUGUGAUCGAUGACGAUUGUAAACUGUGUCAUUCGAUAUUGAAUCAUGUUCGAUGUUAAAUUAUGUAAUAUUAAGAACUAAUAUGUCGUAAACUGAUUUCGUCUUGCCGUACGAAUAUUUGUUGUAAUGUGUGGAGUAAACGUAUGUUCAACUUUGUUGCUGUAAUUGGAAAUUGAAGUUAUAUGAUAUGUAAUUUGUUGUGCAUUAUUUAUUAGUUUAUUACGUUAUGUUUUAUUUAGUAUUUUAUUAAGUAUUUGUUGUAUUACUUAAUGUUAUUAUGCUUAAUAUUGUUAUUUAUGCUCAGAAAUUUUUUCUAAUAAAUCUUGUUAUACACGUAUGGCGCACGAGGAAGGAGCCACCCCUGAGUUGCUCGAUGCUCUCGUCGACAAGCGCCACCGGUCGUACAUGUCUGCGGUCCGUGGCAUAAGCUUAGGGACGUUUCGGGCACGUGUGCCCAUGUCGACGAUGCCGAUACACCGUCGUUGGGUUCCUAGGCUACACGCUUCAGGUCUUUUCCCGAUUGCGUGACUUGUGGAGGGAGAUAUGGCCGACCCUGCAUGUCGACCUAGGGACAGGGCUCCACGGUUUCAGUUCGACAUGUCCCUCCUCGCGGCACUUCUGGACCGUUGGCGUCCGGAGACGCACACGUUUCACCUCCCGGUCGGUGAGAUGACCCCUACUCUUCAGGACGUGGCAUGCUUCUAGGCUUGCCGUGUGCUGGACGAGCCGUGGAUGCAGAGGACGUGGGACUCUCGUGGCGCGAUGACCUUUUGGCUCGGUUCGCUGGGGUUCAGCGCAACGAGCUAGCGUUGCCGUACCGGCCCUUGCCUGCGAACCACGCACACGGACCGACAAAGAGGUGGCUCCUACAGUUCAGUGCGGACUACAUGAGGGCAGACGCAGAUGACUUUACGGUUGCCAGGCACUUCGAGACCUACUUACUGUGGCUGUUCGGCUGGGUCAUGUUCUGCAGCUCACAGGGUGACUCGUGCCCCAAACAGCUCAUUCCUUUGGCGAGGUCGAUAGCUGAUGCUCCACUUCACGAGAUGCCACAGUUCAGCUGGGGUUCUGCCGUUUUGGCUGCGAGUUACAGGGGUCUUUGCACGGGCGUGACGAAGGUCUCAGCAGAGGAGCCCAUUUUUGUUUGGUGUCCUCUACUGUUACAGCUCUGGUCGUACGAGCGCUUUCCCGUCGGUAGGCCAGAGAUGGACUUCGAGCCGUACGUCCAGCUGUCCGCAGACCACGACGUCGUCGACAGACCUACGAUGGGUUCGUUGUGGUGCCUCAGGAGGCCUUCUUGGGUCGGCGUGCAGACGAGGAAGUCGUACCACGACUUCGUGGGACAGUUUGACGCUCUUGUGGACACGGACAUGAGGUGGACUCCAUACACUGCAGCCGACAUUUACGCCCGGGCACCGAGCGGUCUUUCGUCCUUAUGCCUGCGAGAUCAUGAAUACUGGAUGACGAGGAAGCCAAUCCUUUACGACAUCCACGUCGAGGAGUACCACGUUCACCGGGUCAUGAGGCAGUUCGGUCUCUAUCAGCAGACCCCGGUCCCGAUUGUGCACUCAGUGGAGGCCCACGUCCACAGGUGGACACGUCAAGGCCAGCCACCAGGCUCGCGGUGGGCCGACAAGGUCCGUCCUUACGUCGACUCUUGGGCCGCGACCCUCGACGACGUCGUUUUCGAGGAUCGGCCGUACAGCGACGAGGCGUUCGCGGACUACCUAUGGUGGUACCUGCCGAGGACGCGCACACGUGUCGUGCACGUUCCACCAGAGGCUCGGAUCGAGGCCGCAAGGGUGUCCGAGACGUACCCCGUAGUUCGAGACCAGAACUUCGCCAUAGCGUACGAUGUCAUACGAGCGAUUGAGUCCGAGGCUUCAUCGAGUAUGGGCCAGUACCAUGACAUGACGCCUGCCCAGCACCAGAGCACGCUGCAGAAGAUCGUCGAUAUGUGCAAGUGAUUCCGACGAGCCAUGACCUGUCGUGAGGACGACACGUUCCUCCCACCUCGCAGUUCGGGGCCGGUGCCUGUGCCCGGUCCAUCGUCACGAUGGUCUGCACCCGCGGCACAGUCAGGUCCACCGCCACCUCCACCUGACACGAUGGCGACACCUUCGGGUUCUGCAGUUCGGCCCACGUACGUGCCGCGACCGGCACAUUUGUACUCGGCAGCGCCCGGCUCGUCGUUGUUUCCGUCGAUAGAUCCCUACGGCGCCGGAUCUUCGUCUCUUCGUCGUCCAAUACACGAUUUAGAGUACCGGCAGGUGGGAGGGACAGACGACGAUGAGGAGAUUCAGGAGGUGGAUGACCUCGCAAAGAUGGAGUGGGUGAACAUGUUCUUCUCUUCUGCACCGACGCAGGAGGUCGUCGGCACUUCACAGCGGGGGGGGGGGGGGGUGCCCCACUCGCUACGCAGGACUACAGUCAGGUGGAGCAGACGCCUAUUCCUGAGCAGGGUCAUCGGUCCACUCGCCAGACCAUCCCGCCGAAGCCACUGACAUAAUCGCAGCACCACACUAGGGCGGGCCAGGCUGCAGAGCGACGUGGCAGGUGGAGAGGGGGCAUGUGCGGACGCAUCUAGUUUACAGGUUGUAGCUUGUUAAUUACUUUGUUCCGUCAUACUAUGUUAUGUAGGCCUGUGCAGACUAUGAUUGGAUGUGUCCAUUACGUACCAUUAUGAUGAGUAGACCGGUGCAGUGUUUCGGGC